ACUCCUUGAGUGAACACUACGAUCCGGACAGCUGUCAUUCGAAAUUAAACACGUGUUAUUGUUAAGCUGGUGUGUCUUUCACUAAUUCAAUUGGAGCUAUGACCGAUUCGGAUGAGACUUCCUGGAUUCAUUGGUUUUGCAAGCAGCGUGGCAACGAGUUUUUUUGCGAGGUGGAUGAGGACUACAUCCAUGACAAGUUCAACCUCAACUUUCUCGAUUCGAACGUGACCAACUACAGAUGUGCCUUGGAGGUGAUCCUUGAUCUCAACUCGGGCUCAGCCUCGGACGCCCCUGCUGAACCAGAACUGGAGGCCAGUGCAGAGAAACUAUAUGGUUUGAUCCAUGCUCGCUUCAUCUUAACCAACCGGGGCAUCGAACUGAUGCUGGAGAAGUACAACAAGGGAGAGUUUGGGACGUGUCCACGCGCCUUCUGCCAGGGUCAGCCGGUGCUGCCCAUUGGGUUGAGCGAUAAUCCCGGCGAGGAUAUGGUCCGCAUCUACUGCCCGAAGUGCAAUGAUGUUUACAUUCCCAAGGCGGCGAGACACUCCAAUUUAGAUGGAGCCUUCUUUGGCAGCGGAUUCCCGCAUAUGCUCUUCAUGGUGAAUCCGGAUGCAAGGCCAAGGCGGACCAAGCAGAAGUUUGUGCCCAGGCUUUAUGGUUUCAAGAUCCACCAGAUGGCCUACCGAACUCUGGCUGAGAUCCAAAAAGAUAUGACGCCAAUAGGAGAAAUCGAUACCCCAUCGCACAACUGAACCCAAAUGUAAAAUUUCUCAUGUGAAACUCAUGUGGUGUACUCCUCGAAUAAAUAGCCACUAUUUGCCUGGCUGGCUUCCAGCUCAUUAAA